GUCAUAACCGGAAGAGAUGUCGACUGGCCGUAAGCCAGGUAAAUAUUCACCAGAGGAUGCAAACUCUCCAUUCCUGGCGCAAUCAAAUGACAACAACCGUUGGAUAACCGGUGCAAAGAUGAAACGACAGCCUUUACCGAGGGCAUCAAGUUGUCGACAGUAGCCAUGGAUGUGCUUGGGUCCAAAAACAACGAAAGCACAUUCCCCAGUUUCGGGGAUUUGGAUAACUUUCUCAUCGAGCGCAAUUCCAACUUCAUAUGGCUCCUCGUGGCCACCAUUCUGUCCUGUGGAUGGAUCAUCUACUUGACCUAUUACAACUCCAGAAACAUUGGCCUCAUCCUCACCCACAUUAUCAACAGACUCUACAAGGAUGGCUACAUUCGGAUCGGCUCCUUCUCCUUCUCUGUGCUGUCAGGGAAGGUCAUGUUCAGAGAGGUUUACUAUAUCAACCAAGACAUGUCCAUCAGGAUACAAGAUGGCUUUCUCAUAUUCCGCUGGUGGAAAAUGUAUAACCCCAAGCAGAAACAGCACGACCCCAAGGCGGAGACCAGGCUUUACGUGACGGUUAACGGUUUGGAGUUCCACGUCUACAAUCGGACUGACCUCUACGCCCAUCUGCAAGAGACUUUUGGCCUGGAGCCCACACUCAGCAGGCUCAAGAAAGAUGACGACCGUGAAGGGGGUGGAAAAAGCAAGACCCUGGAACGUGUCAACAUUCAAACGGAGAAUCCAGAGCCCACUUCGUCUUGGCGCUCUCUCAUUCCUGUCAUCAAAGUGAACAUCAGUACGGGCCGGCUGGCAUUUGGGAAUCACCACCUCCCGCAGACGCUGUGCUUGAACUUUGAGGAUGCCUUUCUGACCUACGCCACCAAGCCUCCAUCCAGCCACCUGGACCAGUACAUGCACAUUGUAAAGGGCUCGCUGGAGAACGUGCGCGUUAUGCUGGUUCCCAGCCCACGCUAUGUUGGCAUGCAGACUGAUGAACCUCCCAGGCUGAUGGGUGAAGGCUUUGUGGUCAUGCAGUCCAACGAUGUAGACAUCUACUACUACCAAGAUGAGCCUGGUGUGGUGCCGCUGGAGCAAGAGAUUGGGGAGGAAGCUGAGACACCCAGCGAGGACGAUAAGCUUCAGGACCUUCCUCCGUGCUGGGGUCUCGACAUCGUCUGUGGGAAAGGAACCGACUUCAACUACGGCCCCUGGGCCGAUCGCCAGAGGGAUUGUCUCUGGAAGUUCUUCUUGCCGGCCGACUAUCAGGACAUGAAGGUGACUGAAAUGGCCCAGCCGGGACAACCCAGGCAGAUACAGGCCUUUGAGCUCCGUAUGAACAUCAUUGCCGACGCCACCAUUGACCUACUUUUUACCAAAAAACGGGAAACCAAUGCCAUCCAUGUGAAUGUAGGAGCUGGCUCUUACCUGGAAGUCAACAUCCCCAUGACUGUUGGAGAGACCGGCUAUUUGCCCACCAUCAAAGGGCAGCUGCUUCACGUCGACACCACCAGCAGCAUGCAGUACCGGACUCUCCUUGAGGCUGAGAUGUUAGCUUUCCACGUGAUUGCCAGCUACCCCUGGGUGUGGAACAUGCCCCAGUCUUGGCAGUGUGAGAUUGAGGUGUACAAGGCCACGUACCACUUCAUUUACGCCCAGAAAAACUUUUUCACUGAUUUGAUUCAGGACUGGGCGAGUGACAACGCUCCGGACAUUUACUCCUUUGUUCCCUAUUCCUGGACAUUCAAAAUACUUUUCCACCAGUUUGAGAUGAUCUGGGCGGCAAACCAGCACAACUGGAUUGACUGCUCCACCAAGCAACAAGAGAAUGUGUACCUGGCAGCAUGCGGUGAGACUCUGAAUAUAGACUUCAUUUUGCCUUUCAACGAGUUUGUUCCGACCACCUGCCAUACCCGCUUCAGCUUGAAGGCAGAGGACACAGACAUGCGACUGUCUCUGCCAGAGUGCCACCCCAGCCGCUACCCCCUCCUCACCCUUGCCAAAGAUUACCAGAAUGUCAAGCUGCCCCAAGACAUGUUCACGCCAGGGGAAAAUCAAAGCGCCCCGCCGCCUAAACUCAACAAGUCCCGCUGGAGAAAUAUCACCCACGCAGAAGCUGGCUGGGUUGACUGUUGGAGUGUACCCAACUUCUUGCUCAUCAUCGACUACACGUGGCAUCCCAUUUAUCCCCAAAAAGCGGACGAGCAACUCAAACAGUCGUUUUCUGAAAUGGAGGAAUCAAUGCUGUCAGCUUUACGGCCCCCGGAACACACUUUGGGACAGCGCGGCCAUCCGCACUACGCCGCUUCCUCGGGCGGCCACAGCCGGAUACCGAGCGACCCCUCAGACCUUCCUCCGGACCGACUUCACGUGGAGAUGGAAAUGUCUCCUGAUUCUCAAAUUGUCCUCUAUGGGCCUUUACUCAGGGCUUUGAUAUCCAUCAAGGAGAAUUAUUUUGGAGAAGAUGACAUGUACACUGACUUUGAAGAGGCGGCGUCCAGUCCGGUUUUGUCCACUUCCUCGUCGGGCCUGGGUUGGUCCCCUCUCGGGAUGGAAGACGGUUGCCGUAAGGAAAGUUCAGACGUGCAUCCCUUGGACCUGCGGCCCUGGGACAUAACUGUGCUCAUUAAUCUCUAUAAAGUCCAUGGCCGACUGCCUAUGCACUGUAGCAGUGAGGGGCCAGAAGGUCCCUCUGGCUUCUUGGAGCGCUUAUGUUUUGAAAUGAAGAAAGGUUACAAGGAGACCAUGCUUCAGUUAUUGCUGUCACCUAUUCACAUUUUUGCCAGUGACAACUACCAGCGUCCCUCGGUGGACGGGGUGUUGCGGGAUGGCCACCUGAGCCUCUCGGGCCUGCAGAUGAGGGCACAUGCCAUGUUCUCUGCACAGGGGCUUCCACUGGGAAGUGACACCCUUGAAUAUGCCUGGCUCAUCGAUAUGCAGGCAGGCGCAUUCACUGGGAGGGUGACUGUUCCUCAGGUGGCCAGUAUGAUAGAGUGGGGGGAGUAUUUUGUUUUCCACGUGAUGUCUCGCGAGUUCCAGCUGGAACAACCAAAGCCGUCUGUCAUCUGCCAGCACGGUGUUGACCGGCGCAUUUGCGAUGCCAAGUUGACUUCCAUGCCGGGUCACUGUCGAACCUCAGAGGAGCUCAAGUACACUAUGACGCGACUGGCCAUGGACGGAGUGGACCUUUUCAUCGUUGAACAUGGCUGUGCUGCUAAUAUCAAAACGGGUAUUUUACGUGUAGCCAACUGCAACCUGCACAACCAGGCUGUGGGAGAGGGCAUCAGUGCUGUGGUGCAGGACCUCAACAUCCAGCAGUUCAUCGAACAGCAGCAGCAGCAGCAGCAGCAGCAGCAGCACUGUGACGUGAGCAGGCUGCAGCCGGCCGGGCAGGGGCAAGCUCAGGGUCAGCCACUAAGUCUCUGCCAGCCGGCAGUGAUGCGACGCUCCGUGUGGCUGGAGGCGGGUUCCGUCAACCUGAACCUCAUUACCGCCGACAUCGCUCUGGCUGCCGACCACUCGGCCAAAUGUGAAGUCCAGAGGCAAUUUUUAGAACUACAUGACACGCAGAGCAAAAGACUCUGGUUCCUGUGGCCCGAAGAGGCCGGCAUUCGAAACAAGCGCAGCAGGAAUCGCUGUGGCUGCCUGGGAGGCUGCAGGUUCUUUGGAGGAACCAAUAUGGGCUUGGAUUUCUUCAAACUGGAAGAGAUGACACCCUCCUCCUCGUCUGCGUUCUCUUGCUCUAGCACUGAAUCCGAUAUGUGUUAUGGUCAGUCUUUGCUUCAGCCUGGAGAGUGGAUUAUGACCAAGGAAACACCCAAAAUGGAUGGAAAGGUCGUCGGGCUGAAAACAGACACGCGCUCACCGUGCCUCCCUCCCGAGGUGCCUGAGCGGCGAGGUCAGCAGCUCCUUAGUCUCCAAGUCCCUCAACGCUCUCACAGCUCUGCAUCUUCCUCUGAGGAGAAUAGUUCCUCCAGUGCCGCGUUACCCCUGCUAGCUGGAGAAAGGGAGUCUCCCUCGCCAAGUGUGGAACAACGCAUGCUUCCUGUCAAUGGCAAGAGUUCUGUUGACGCUUUCCAGGAUAUCCCGGAGGGCUCGCCCAUCUCGCCCAACAACUCCCAGGAACGCACCUCCGUGCGCUCGCCCCUCUGCUCGCCCCUCAAGCGCCAAUCGUCGGUGCACUCCAGCCGAUUAGGCAGCACCAAGAGCUUGUCGGCUGCCGUUUUCAACGACAAGCCUCCCCCGGUGCUUUCCGGAGGUGUCCAAUUCAGCGGCGACGUUUCUCGCAGCGACGAGAACGUCCUGGAUUCGCCACGUCAACGUCGAAGCUACGGCUCCUUCCCCUUCACGCCCUCGGCAGAUUCCAACACCUUCCACAAGUACCGCUCGGCCGACUCCAGCAUGUCCAUGGCUGACAGCGAAGCCUACUUCUCUGCCGCCGAAGACUUUGAGCCCAUCAGCAGCGCCGACGAGGGUCCCGGGACGUACCCGGGACGCAAAAAGAGAAGGCGGCAGCAGAUGCAGCAACCGCCGCAACCGCCUUAUUACAUAGAGAACUACAGCCGGAGUUCCAUCUACCACAGUGUGGAAGGUCCUCUCACUUACCUCCUCAACGGGGAGCUGAUCACCGAGCCACGGCCUCUGCCUCUGCCGCCAAUGUUGCCUUCCCAGCCGCUGCCAAGCCACAUAUCCCAGGCCUCCUUCGUAUCUGCUCUCGCCAUGGAGGAGGAGAGCUCGGUGGAGACCGAAAAGCUGGCAGAGCCCGGCCUGGUGACCAGACAGCCCCACGUGAUGGCGUGCUACCAGAACUACCUGGCCCACUAUCAGGUGUCCAAUUGGUCUAUCAAGCAGCCCACCAAUAAGAGGACCUCCAAGUCUUCUCUCCAUCGUCCCUUAGAUCUUGACACGCCGACAAGUGAAGAAAGCUCAGGCUCCUUUGACCAGCUCUCCGUUCCGAGCUUCAAGGUGAUCAAACAAGGCCUUUCAGCCAAUUCACUGUUGGAUCGAGGGCUUCAGCUGAUGGCAGAUAACAGCAGUACGCCCUACACUCCGCUGGAUAAGAGAGCUACGGAGAAUACCGACGAGGACACGACGACCGAUGACUGGUCUCUGGAGCAGCCUUUGGCUCAGACCAGGACCACAGCCAUAGUGGAGGUGAAGGGGGCCAUCAAUGUGGUGCUUACACCCCUUGUGGCUGAAUCCUUGGACAGGUACAUCGAGUCCAUGGCGCACUUUGCCAGUAUCCGUCAUCCUGCGGCCAUUCUCGAUGACCUACACGGUAAAGUUCUCAAUGAGGCUUAUCAGAUCAGCAAAUCCACCGUUUCCGAAUCUGUAAGUGCUCCAAUCACAAUGGUUGUACUUGACCUAUGGCUGCUGAAUGAUUGUUACGACUCUCUAUUUCCACAGAGCCAAGCGUUCAAACAGGAGCAAAAGCCUUCCAAGAACGAGGCCACGGCCCACGGAUCCCUCAAUAUCUCCCAAGGCCAGACGGACCUGUCUGUCAAAGCAGAUCAUGUGAAAAUCAAGGGCCUUCAAGCCAAUGUCUCAGUCCCGAAGGUCAACCUUUGUCUCCUACAGGCUUCUGUAGAGGAGGGUUUUCCAUCCUGCUCCAGUAAGUCCGUGACACACGUGUCUCUUGUGGCGCUGUGCUUUGAUAGGAUUGCCACCCAAUUCAGGAUGAAUAGGGGAAUUGUGGAAGAAAGCCCCAACACCACCGAACACGGGCGACCCUCCGUCAUGUUAGAGAAGUACGCAUCUGCCACUAAGAUGCAGCCUCAGUCAUCUGGCUCGUUACGUUCCAACGCCGGCAUCGAGAAAGGCAAAGAAAUAGCCGCAAGGCUCAACAUCCACCGUAUCCACAGCCAGCUCAGAGGCCUCGACUCCACAGACAUUGGCACGUGUGCCAUCACCGCAAUCCCCGUUGAGAAGUCCAAAGUGCUCUUUGGCCUGGAGGAAACGGAGGAAUUUUCUCUAGUUGAUGAGACAGACAUGCGUGGAAGCUCAGGUGACCUCAGCCGCUCUGCCACCUCUCUUGAGAAAUGGGGCUGGAUCAUGUUUGAAUGUGGCAUUGAGAACCUUACAGUCAAAGGUGGUCGUCAAUCGGGAGCCAUUCUCUACAAUGCAUUUGGCGUGAUGGGCCCCUCGGAUACCGACGGCAAAGCGGGAAUCCCCAAGGCCAAUGGAUCCGUAGGCUCGCAGACUGGGAGCGGUUACAGCACUGACGCAUCUGAUGACAACUUACCACGUGACGCUGUUAGCCCCCCUUCCGAUGAUGGUAAUGGGCACUCUGACUCUGACGAUCAGGACGAAGGGGUCGAGUCGGACGACUUGAAGAAAGACCUUCCACUGAUGCCUCCGCCGCCCGACUCCAGCAGCAUGAAAGUGACUAUCCGCGAGAUUUGGUUCAGUUUUGCUGCUCCCACCAAUGUGCGAUCGCCGUCGCAGGCCAUCUCCAGGCAGUUAAAUCUGCUCAGCACGGCCACUCCAGCCAUCGGCGCCUGGUUGGUGCCCAUCGACCAGCUGAAAUCUUCCCUUCGCAAACUGGACAUGGAGGGUACGCUCCGUGUGUGCGCGGUCAUGGGCUGCAUUAUGACCGAGGCGCUUGAGAAAAAGAGCAUCCACAUCCCCAUCCGAAGCAAGUACAAUCGCGUGACCAAGCGAGCGCACUACUUGCACGAGAACCCCUCCUGUAUGCUUUGCAACAUCCUUCACCGCUAUUUGCAACAGGCAGACUAUUCGGUCAUCGAGGAGGCCACCAUGAACGAUGGAGUCCCCGCCUUAGUGACUCUGAAGAAGGGUCUGGUGGCUUUGGCUCGACAGUGGAUGAAAUUUAUCGUGGUGACUCAGGGCUUCAAAGCCAUUGGUCUGAUGAGGCCCAAUCCGCUUACGAAAGCAAAGGAAGCUCACCAGAACCCGGUUGAGACAGUCCUGGGCUUGGACAACGGCGCAGCGCUGCAAAGUGACACCAGUGGAGACGGAGCCGAAUUUGAAUACGAUGCAGCCACAGUGAGUGAACACACCAUGCUGCUGGAGGGAGCGUGUGGUCGUCCGCCACCAAAGGAGGGAAACUCUGGUCCCGUCAGUGGAGUGGAGAUCAUGAGGAAACUCUCAAAGUCCCAUGCACACAGCGAGUCUGCACUGCGAAUCAAGGGCUCCCAUCCGUAUCAAUCUCUGAGUUACACCAGCGGCGACACGGCCGCUGACUCGCCGGCCCACGUGAGCCGUGCGGGCCUGCCGGUCAAGGACAGCCCCAGGAAAGAGAGUCUCCUGAGCAAUUUGACGGGAAGCUUUCGCAGUCUGCACAACCUGCUGGAGGGCACGCCUCAGAGGAACGAUCCGUCCUUUGCCGCAACAGCCAAGAGCGGUUCCCUUACUCGGACAGGCACCGAUAUGCUGACAGAGCACCCGCUGCUGUCCGAGCCAUCUUCCGUCAGCUUUUACAACUGGAUGUCCAACGCCGUGGGGAACAGGAGCGGGGCCGCGGUCCAGGACUCGCCGUUGAAUCGAUCGCAGCACAAUAGCCUUCAGACAGGUGGGACAUGUAACCUACCAACCAUCCCGUCCGCGUCGGACUUCAACACGGUGAUGUCCAGCGACCAGAACACCUUGGACGGGACCCAGUCGCAGCAUUCCCAGCAUAGCACUAGCCAGGAUGACAUUGCUGAUAUUGAAGAGGGAAACCUAUGUCCCGCUGCUGUUCAACUGGCUGAUGCUCAGGUUGUUUUCAAGCCUUUACUGAACUAUACUGGCAUCCAAGCCCAGGACAGCACUCCCCUGAGCUACAAGAUGUAUUUCGGAGAACAUUUGUCUUUUUCUGGGAACCUGGAGUGUCUGAGAGCAGACAUUGUUGACUCGGACACCUCCAAAGAGCGCAGAAACAAAAGAUCCAGGAGACAAGGCACGGUGAACCUGCCACCGCUGGAUUUCAAACCAGCUCUCCUUAUCGAGACGUUCAGCUUGAACGCAGUUGUUAUGGAGAAGUCGAGCAGCGCGCCGCAAGGCUCCACCGCGGCCCCGCUGUCCUUCCACGACCUCAGCCGCCGCCACUACAACACAUUCCACUGUGACUUCACCACAGCCUGCCAGGCCAUUAGCCAACGCGUGGACAUGGCUCUGGUGCGCCUCAUUCACCAGUUCAGCACCAUGAUCGACGACAUCAAAGCCACUCAAACGGACAUUAAGCUAAACCGUUACACCGCCGGCUCGGCUUCGCCGACGCCCACCUUCAAGGCCCGACCCUACCGCCACUUUAGGUCGUCGGACUUUAGCCGGAGCUCGCGGGGCAGCAUCAAUGGGACGGCGCGUGGCGCCACGCAAACCCUGAAGAGCAAGAGAGGGCUGGGGGGUGCUGGAGGCUUGCCACUCAACGGACCACCCUCAGCCAUGGACACGCUAGGAAGAAGGGAACACCGAGGACGUGGUUCGCUCGGACGUUCGGAGCGGCGCACCUCAAAGGUGUCCAGAAAGGGCUCUCGGGAUGUGGCGGACCACACGGCAAUUCAGAUGGACGAUUCUGACUCCAUCACGGUGUCGGAGCAGAGCGAGCCGUCAGCGGAAUGUUGGCAGAACAUGUACAAGCUGCUCAACUUCUACUCGCUCAUCUCAGAUCCCACAGGCAUCUUGGAGAAAAGUUCUGCUGAGAAUUGCUUGUCAGAGGGUGGGCGUCGCCCAUCCGAGCCGCUCUGCAACGUGAUCUUUGAGAACGAGCAGGAGGAACCCACGCCCAGCAAGCCCCCUCCUGCCGGCUGCAGGCGGCGUAGCCUGGUGAGCUCCGAGCCCCAGCACGUCACCCUCAUCGUCUUUGGCAUCGGCAUGGUGAACCGCACCCACCUGGAGGCUGACAUUGGUGGACUCACCAUGGAGGCAGAACUCAAGAAGAUCCAUGGAAGUUUUACCCUCAAAGAGAAGAUGAAAGAUAUCCUUCAUCAGAAAAUGACUGAGACCUGUGCAUCAGCUCAUAUAGGAGGCGUAAACAUUGUACUGCUGGAGGGCAUAACACCUGACAUUCAAACUGUGGUUAAGUGCAACAUCGCCAAGUCUCAGGCCUUGUACAGCGCCCAGCGUGGACUGAAAACAAAUAAUGCCGCUGUCUUCAAAGUGGGAGCCAUCAUGAUCAACAUCCCCCAGCACCCAGCCACUUUACACAGCAUGAUGGUCCGCAGCUCCCAUCAGCUGUCCAAACAGAUCUCUGACCUCAUCCGGCAGCCGUCUAACACUCAACCUCCCAAUAGAGAGGACACGCCCACCCCGCAACCCUCCGACAAAGGCUCCAGCAUCAAUCAGACGCCCGUUGAGGCCAACGAGUUUCCCCAGCUUCCCGAAGGCCUCGAAAAGAAGCCCAUCGUGCUCAAGUUCAGUGCCAUGAUGGAUGGCAUCACCAUCGGCGCCGCCCUUCUACCCUCGCUGAAAGCCGAGUACAAAAUGGGUCGCAUGAAGAGCCACGGCAUGACAGGGGCUCAAACCAGCUUCACCUUUGAGUUGCCAAACCACAAGCUAUGCUUUCAAUCAAAAGUGUCUCCUGUGGACAUGUCCACCAUGCCGCCAUCGGCGAGCCUCACCCUGCCACCUGUUACCAUGUCCGGAGAGUACAUCAUGGAGGACCACGAGAGUCAUUCCGAUCAGGGUUGGGGCGCUGAUGACUUCCCUUCAAAGCAAGGCAACUAUCUCCAAGGCAACUACCUGCGCUGUGUGGCAGAGAUUGGCUCUUUUGAACACAACCUGACCACUGAUCUGUUAAACCACCUGGUUUUCCUGCAGAAGGUUUUCAUGAAGGAGGUCAAUGAGGUCAUCCAGAAGGUCUCAGGGGUGGAACAACCCAUCCCGCUGUGGAACGAGCACGACAACUCGACGGAUGCAGACAAGCCCAAAAUCCUGCUCUAUUCGCUAAGCCUCAUGUUCAAGGGAAUCCAAAUGACCGCCACCACCCCUUCGAUGAGGGCUGUCCGUUUUGAGACCGGCUUGAUUGAGCUGGAGCUGUCCAACAGGAUCCAGUGUAAGGCUCAGCCUGGUGGCAGCAGCAGUUAUCUGAAACUUUUUGGCAAAUGUCAAGUUGACCUCCACUUGGCCCUUGGGCAAAUUGUCAAGCACCAGGUCUAUGAAGAGGCAGGCUCCGACUUCCACCAGGUAGCAUACUUUCGGACCCGGAUUGGUCUGCGAAACGCUCUCCAGGAAGAGAUCAGUGGCUCGUCUGACAAGGAGGCUGUUCUCAUCACUCUCAACAGGCCAAUUGUUUUCGCCCAACCUGUGGCAUUUGACAGAGCUGUGCUAUUCUGGCUGAAUUACAAGGCGGCGUACGACAACUGGAACGAACAGCGCUUGGCGCUCAACAAGGACAUUCACGUGGCCACAAAAGAGGUGGUGGACAAGCUGCCAGGUAUCCAACAGACAUCAGCCCAAGCCUUCAGCACUCUCUUCCUUCAACUGACGGUCAAUGACCUGGGCAUCUGCCUGCCCAUCACCGGCGCAUCCCAGAAAGGACAAGCGACCACUGCGGAGGGCACAAACUCUGAAUCUGGGCCCUGCACAUCAAAAGCCCCGAAUAAAAAUGCACGAAAAGCCAACCACAGCAUGGAUCUGGACACCAGCUCCGCAUUGGUCUUGACUAUUGAGAGCACACUGAUCACCGCCUGCUCGUCGGAGUCCCUGGUUAGCAAAGGCCACUUCAAGAAUUUCUGCAUCCGCUUUGCGGAGGGUUUUGAGACCACUUGGGAUGACUGGAAGCCCGAGAUCCGAGGCGAUUUGGUCAUGAACGCUUGUAUAGUCCCUGAUGGCACAUAUGAAGUGUGUUCUAGGACCACGGGGCAACCAUCUGCAGAGAGCAGUAGUGCCGGUACCUGGACUCUGAAUGUGCUUUGGAAGAUGUGCGGCAUCGACGUUCACAUGGACCCCAAUAUCGGCAAGCGCCUCAACGCCCUCGGUAACACGCUGACGUCAAUGACGGGAGAAGAAGACGUCGACGACAUCACCGACCUCAACUCUGUCAACAUGGCGGACCUGUCCGAUGAAGAUGACGGUGACACCAUGUCACCCACCAUCCACAUGAGUCCAGACAGCCAAUUCAGCCCACGGCUGACUUUAAAGAAACGUCUGGUAAACCGCAUCCUGGGCCUCAGUCCCAGACCACAGAGUGUAUCUGUCCCAGCCGACUACUUAAAGUGCCCCUCGCCCCGCCUUCGAGCGGACGGUGCCCGACCCCAAAGACCUCUCUCCUGGGCCUGUGAGGCAGUUGAUCCCAGAAGGCAGAUGGUCACGGGAAACCAGGCGACCGACGCGCGAGUCCGAAAGUUUACCAAGAGGGUGGUGGACAUCAGAGAGCUGAACGAACAGGCCAAAGUCAUCGAUGACCUCAAGAAAUUGGGAGCAAGUGAGGGCACCAUCAACCAGGAAAUUCAGCGCUAUCAACAGCUGGAGUCUGUGGCUGUCAAUGACAUCAGGAGAGAUGUCCGAAAGAAGCUGCGGCGCUCCAGUAUGAGGGCCGCCUCGCUCAAGGAUAAGUGGGGUCUUGGCUACAAGCCCAGCUACAACCGUUCCAAAAGCAUCUCGGCAGCGGCAGGUCGACCGCCUCUGAAAAGGACGGACAGACAGAGGAUAGGAGAUGUGGAUGACUUCCCUGAUGUGCGUGUGGAUGCCUCCUCUCCUGGACCGCGGGUCACUUUCAAUAUCCAAGACACGGCUUUGGAGUCUGCAAUUGCACCUGGCAGUCCAGGAGAUGUAUUCAAGUUUCCCGAGGAGUCCGAGCUGGACCUGUUGUCAGUCACGGUUGACGAGCCUUCAUCCCAUCCUCACGAUCGGCACCAUCUUCAUUCUUCAUCCAUCAUCGGAGACCAGGGCUCCGUUUUCAGCGCUCCAUGCACGCCUGCUGUUCUCUCACCGCAAAUUCCCUUCCAGCACGAUGACACGCAUCGGGACGAGCUGUCCUCGUCUUCCUCCGAAGACUCGGAAAAGGACGACGACUUUGAACGCGAGAGGCCCCUGAGCUACCGAAGACCUUUCCAAGCUUCUCACAAGAGAUCGUCCGGUUUUUCCGCCGUGAGUCAGUUGUUCAGCGAACGUUGGCCGAGCACACCCGCCAAUCGGAGCUUCGGCGGCGCAACGACCGAAAGAAACAUCGACUUUGAACUGGAUGUUCGUGUGGAAAUAGACAGCGGCAAAUGUGUUCUUCACCAGAGCACUCAGCAGGCUGAGCAUGAAGAAAUUUCAUUCAGGAGGAGUUGUGAUCGCAGCCUCAGGAGUCUCGACCAAGAGUCGCCUCCCAAAAAGAAAAAAUUGCAGCCCACCUACACAUCUACAAGCCAUCUUCUGGCUGGGAAAAAAUGUCCCUCUUCACUGCAGACCAAAUCCAAUGACCUGGAGACCACCAUUUUCUACAUUCCAGGAGUGGACGUAAAGUUGCACUAUAACUCCAAGACCCUGAAGACGGAAUCCCCGAACGCCUCGCGUGGAACCUCGCUCUCGCGCUCGCUCUCCAAAGAGUCCAAGCUGUAUGGUAUGAAAGAUAACGGUCUUCCCAAUGCUGUCCAAAGCCCGACUAAGUCGCUCCUACCGCCGCCCCCGCUCCCACCGUUCCCAUCAGCCAAAGGUAAAGGGAGCGGAGGGGUGAAAAUGGCCAAGCUGUACGCCUGGGUGGCCCUCCAGACUUUGCCGGAGGAAAUGGUCAUCAGCCCUUGUCUUCUUGAUUUCUUGGAGAAAGCCUUAGAAACCAUUCCCAUCACUCCGGUGGACCGAAGCUACGCAGCUGUGGCUGCCCAGGAAGAAGACAUGGGUCCGUUUGAAACGGUAGAACCGCUGGAGGAAUCGGCCACUUCCCUGGUUUCUUCUUCCGCGUCGGCGUAUACUUCUUUUCCCGUCGACGUGGUCGUCUACGUCCGAGUUCAGCCUUCUCAGAUCCGCUUCAGCUGCCUGCCCAUGUCCCGAGUUGAAUGUAUGCUCAAACUGCCAUCGUUGGACCUGGUCUUCUCUUCCAACCGUGGCGAAUUAGAGACCCCGACGGGGGCCCCUCCCAACGAAGGCUCGCAGCCACCCUCCUCCACUCCCCCGGGGCAGCAGCACUUUCCCAAAGUGCCUCCAAGCAAAGCCUCUCCGUUACUGGGGAGCCCUCUGGGCAGAAGCCGCCACAGCAGUAGCCAGUCCGACCUCACGGGGGGCGGCCCGAGUAACUCGUCGGGUCUCAGCUUCACCGCCUGCAUGUCGGACUUCUCGCUCUACGUGUUCCACCCCUAUGGCGCUGGAAAGCAGAAAUCUGCUGUCACAGGCCUGCCCCCGGGUCCCAGCCCAUUAGGUACAGUGGACGAGGAGCCGGCAUCCGUGACGGGAAGAAAGGACUCUUUGAGCAUCAACCUGGAGUUUGUUAAAGUCAGCUUAUCCAGGAUGAGGCGCACAGGAGGCCCCACAUUUAUUGAAAGCUUCAUUCCUGGGAAAGGUGGUAAAAUGGACACCACUCUCAUCAAUAUCUCAGCUGUUUGUGACAUUGGCUCCGCUUCCUUCAAGUACGACAUGAGACGAUUGAGUGAGAUUCUGGCCUUCCCAAGGGCCUGGUACCGCCGAAGUAUAGCCAGACGCCUCUUCCUCGGAGACCAGACCAUCAACCUGCCAGCCUCUGGCCCCGCCACCCCCGACUCGUCGGAAAUCACCACUCAGCAUCUGUCUCCCGAGUCCAGCCGCAAAGCCUACUGGAGGACUUGGGAUGGCAGCAGCGGCACACACAUUCCUCAGUCUCCCAACGUGUUCUCCGAGCACAGCACGGGAAGCAACAUGUCCCCGGGUGCUCUCGGCCACCUUAAAUCCCCUGCGCCCGGCCGAACCAGAAGCGUGUCCGAUUCGUCGGCGCCGAGAAGAGAGUCGGUGACGAAAACAUCCACUCCCUCGUUUGGUAAAAAUGGUAAAGCAGCAGGCCAACAGGGGGCGCCAUGGGAGACGCUGGUGGUGUUUGCCAUCAACUUGAAACAGCUCACGGUCCAAAUGAACAUGAGCAACGUGAUGGGAAAUAACACGUGGACAACCAGCGGUCUGAAGAGCCAAGGCCGGCUGUCCGUGGGGAGCAACCGCGACCGAGAGAUCAGCAUGUCUGUCGGCCUGGGACGCUCCAAGCUGGACUCCAAGGGUGGCGUGGUGGGUGGCAAUAUUGACGUCAACACCCUGGAGAUGGUCUCGCACAUCUCCGAGCACCCGAACCAGCAACCCAGCCACAAGAUCCAGAUCACCAUGGGCUCCACCGAGGCGCGGGUCGAUUACAUGGGCUCCAGCAUCCUGAUGGGGGUUUUUAGUAAUGCUGACCUGCAGCUCCAAGAUGAGUGGAAAGUCAACCUGUGCACUGUGGAUUCCAGCAUAUCUGAGAAAAGCGAGAUCUUUGUCCACGGAGACUUGCAAUGGGACAUUUUCCAGGUGAUCAUUUCACGAUCCACCACGCCAGACCUGAUUAAGAUCGGCAUGAAGCUGCAGGAGUUUUUCACUCAGCAAUUUGACACCAGCAAGCGAGCGCUGUCCACGUGGGGCCCUGGGCCCUACCUGCCUCCCAAAACCCCCGUCAUCAAUGCAGAGAAAGGAGGAGCGGAGCUGUACAUGGAUGCAGCGCAUCACCGUCACUGGCCCGGCGUGCUGAAGGUCAUCGCGGGUUGCCACAUAUCCCUCUUCCAGAUGCCUCUGCCUGAAGACGCCGUGCAGUUGGGCGGCUCAAUGAGCCUCCAUGGCAAUCACAUGACCCUGGCCUGCUUCCACGGGCCCAACUUCCGCUCCAAGUCGUGGGCCCUCUUCCACCUGGAAGAGCCCAAUAUCGCUUUCUGGACCGAAGCGCAGAAAAUACUGGAAGAUGGUUCCAAAGAUGAUUCCACAUACAUUGUGCAGACCCUGGACUUCCAUCUGGGUCACAACACAAUGGUGACCAAACCGUGCGGUGCCCUGGAAAGCCCGAUGGCCACCAUUACCAAAAUCACGCGGCGGCGCCACGAAAACCCUCCGCACGGAGUCGCCACCGUUAAAGAAUGGUUCAACUAUGUUACUGCCAUGAGGAAUGAAGAGUUGAACUUGCUAAGGAACGUGGAAGCCAACAACCCGGAGAGCAGAGCCGCCGCCAAGAGCUCCAGUCUGCUCAGCAGCUUCCGCAGCAACUCCAGCUACAACCACGAGACCGAGACCAUCUUUGCCCUUCCCAGAAUGCAACUGGACUUCAAGUCCAUCCAUGUGCAGGAUCCCGACGAGCCUUCUCUGUCAGAUUCCGACAGCAAACCAAAGGUUGAGUGCAGUGUGGUGACAGAAUUCACAGACCACAUCUGCGUGACCAUGGAUGCCGAGCUCAUCAUGUUUCUUCACGACAUGGUGUCGGCCUACCUGAAAGAGAAAGAGAAAGCACUUUUCGCCCCACGGAUGUUUGCGGUUCGGCCGGGCCAGAAGAGCCCCACGGCCGUGCGCGACGACGACGCCGACGGCGGCGGCUCCAGCGCAGACAAGGACACACAGGAGGAGGGCGUCAACUACACCACGGUGGACUGGAGAGAGUUUCUGUGCAACACCUGGCACUUGGAGCCCACUCUCAGGCUCAUCUCCUGGACGGGUCGCAAGAUCGACCCGGUGGGAGUGGACUACAUCUUGCAAAAACUGGGCUUCCACCACGCUAGGACUACCAUUCCCAAAUGGCUUCAGAGGGGCGUGAUGGACCCGCUGGACAAGGUGCUGUCUGUUCUCAUUAAGAAGCUGGGCACGGCCCUGCAAGACGAGAAGGACAAGAAAGGCCGAGAGAAGGAGGAGCACUGAGCCCGCCUGCACCUUUUUCUUCAAGCGUGGCUGCUGACUGUCACGUGCGUCUCCACCUGCACCUGUGUGGUCGGACGGAACAAUUUGGAUCCAUGUCAUCAAUGUUUUGGAAACGAAGCGCAGUUAGUUGUGUCGUUGGCUUGCUUUCGUGGUUCCAAGCCUGCCUCUUUGAUAUGUUGUCAAUGACCUCACUUGAACUUUUUUUUUUCUUUCUUUCUUCUCUCUCUCUCUCUCUCUCUCUCUCUCUCUCUCUCUCUUCUCAAGGCUUUCCAGUAUUUAAGAGAGAGGAUGGAUUUCUUCAAACAUUGCCUUUUCUUUCUUUGUUUCCCAUGGAACACAUGGUAAAUGACGCUUUACUACAUGUUGUAUAGAAUCGUUUGUUUUCCCUUGAUGUGAACAAAUGAGCACUGGAAGAUUUGGGCAUGAGCUGAGAGAAGAUCAUCAGGAUCUUCUUAGUUUUAUAAUGAAAUGAUCAUUAUUUAUGGGUAUGUGACAUGGAACUCUUGUAACAUGAAUUGGCUUGAUGGCUCAAGCUUGUUUUUAUUUUUAGUGGGUGUAUAUAAUUCAAUUUGGUAAAUGUGUUGAUUUCCUAACUUAAUAAAAUAAUGCCACUGGAUUUGA